UAUCAUUCCUUCAUGUGUUCGAUACCAAAGGCAAGUGCUUUAAAUCUUUUCACUCGAUGUCCUGGAUUAUACUGUGGGAGAGAAUUGCUGUCUGAUGGCAAUUGGAGUGAUUGCGGUGCUUGUCCUCGUGGGUUCAGGGCAAAUGCCUCUUCGAUAUGUAUACCUUGCGAUGACGAACCAAUGCUUUAUGAUUGGCUCUAUCUAGGAUUCAUGGCAUUGUUAGCCUUAGUAUUACAUUGGUUUUGUAUUGAUAUGGUAUCUAUGAGGCGCAACAUACCUAAGAAAGUGAUUGCACUACACUUGUCUGCUCUGUUGGAAGUUGUUUCUGCAUCUCUGAUUACUUUGCAACUGACUGAUCCUAUAGGCAGUUUUUCAGUUAGGUCCUGUAGAGUUAUGAAACUCUCAGAUUGGUACACAUUGUUGCACAAUCCUAGCCCAAAUUAUGAAGAAACCUUGCAUUGUACACAGGAAGCUGUUUAUCCUUUGUACACGAUGGUGUUCAUUUUUUAUGCUUUAGGAACAGCUAUAAUGUUAAUGAUAAGACCAAUCAUAGCCAAGAAAUUUUUGCCAAAAAAAGGAAAAUUUUCAAUUUAUGCUGCUCUUUAUUUUUAUCCCAUUUUAGCUUUAUUACAUGCAGUUGGUGGUGGUCUAAUAUUCAAUGAAAGCAUUGUUGUUGAGCUGUGUAUCAGAUAUGAAGAAUGCAAUAGUUAUUUUAGGUCAUUGGCUGUUGUAUGGAUAUGGUUUAAUGGCUGCAGCAACUUUCCAAGGUCUCGGCAUUCAUCCAGCAAUGCUUGCUUUAGUUCCUUUACCUGCAUUGUUUUACAUUCUUACUGCAAGGUUCACAGAUCCACAUAAGCUUCAUAUAGAAUAA